AUGAAUUUGGAUUAUACACCAGAUAUGUUUAACCAAGCACUGAUUAUUAUUGAAAGUAAAGUUUUAGAGAUGGGUGGCAAAGAACUUGAGAAAUUAGAGCUCCCAACUUCUCAACGAAAUUCGGGUGAUCGAUUAAACAGUGAAAUGCUCAGAGAAACAAGUUAUGAUGUGAAAGAGUUGGAUGCUUAUAUAACAGCAAAUGAGCCACUGUUGGUGCCGGAUCAGAGAGCUGCAUACAAUGCGAUUUUGACUCAGAUCGAGAGGAAAACUAGUGGAACAAUCUUUCUUGAUGCACCUGAUGGAACAGGGAAGACAUUUGUCAUUAAUUUGCUAUUGGCUAAAAUCCGGCAUCAGUCAAAGAUUACGAUUACGGUCGCCUCUUCCGGUAUCGCUGCUACGCUGGUGCACGGUGGUCGUACUGCGCACUCGACAUUAAAGCUACCUCUUAAGGUUUUGGAAAAUCAAACUCAUCUCUGUAGUAUUACCAAAGGAACUGGCGAAGCAAAGGUUCUGCAAGAAUGUGAACUUGUUGUAUGGGAUGAGUGCACAAUGGCUCAUAGGUAUGCAUUAGAAGCUUUGAACCAUACUUUACAAGAUCUUCGUAACAAUGGAAAGAAUAUGGGUGGAGUAGUUGUACUUAUUGCUGGCGAUUUUAGGCAAACAUUACCAGUUAUUCCAAAGGGUGCCAUGCCUGAUGAGCUUAAGACUUGCUUGAAAUCUUCGUAUCUUUGGAGACAUGUUGCAUCAUUAACAGGGGCGCAAGAUCACAAAUGGUUAUGUGAACGUGCUGUUCUGGCUCCGAAAAACGUCAACGUAAAUGCCAUCAAUCUACAAAUUCAGCAACAGCUUCCUGGCGAAGUUAUAUCUUACAAAUCAGUUGAUACAGUUAAAAAUAUCGACAUGGUAGUUCAGUAUCCAACUGAAUUUCUCAAUUCACUUGAACCUUCUGGAAUGCCACCACAUAACUUGCAUCUGAAAAUUGGAUCAUCUAUUAUGCUCCUAAGAAAUCUGGAUGCACCAAGAUUAUGUAAUGGUGCAAGGCUAUGUGUCAAAACUCUAGUGCCUCAUGUAAUCAAAACAACGAUUAUGACAGGUUGUGCAAAAGGUGAAGAUGUAUUCAUACCAAAAAUACCUUUUGCUCCCUUCUGA